AUGCAGCUGGGCGUGUGCACGUUCAAGUGGGACCAAGGGAGGAAAGAGUUCAUCGUUCACCCGUUCAACUUCAAGGUGUUCCCCCGGUCGGAGAUCCCGGGAUUUAAGGGCGUGCCGGCACUCUCCUUCCAGUGCCAGCCGUCCUCGUUGGAGUUCCUGGCAGCACACCACCUCGACUUCAACUCCUGGGUGCAGCACGGAAUCUCGUACCUGUCCUACGAGCAAGAGGAAGCCGCAUGGAAUUUUCUCGAGAUCCCUCCCCCAUCAGCAACAGCCACCAAUGUAACCGUAGGCCCCAGCCAAAAAGGAGCUGCUGACGUGGCACAGCCCACCAAUCACACGCAAUUCAGCACAAGCACCAGCAGCACAAGCAGGUACAGCUGGCGGGACAGCAGCGACAGGAGCGACCCGUCAAGCCCGCCAUUCCCCGGCGUGCAGUUUGCAGUGAAGAGCCUGGCCCGCGUUGACCUGUGGCUCGCGCAACUCAGAGCAGCAGCACAGGAGGUGGAGCAGGAGCAGCAGGAGGAGCAGCCUUUGGCAAAGGGCGUUGCGAGUAGUGUGCUUGGGGAGGGUCCAGAGGGAUUUUCACGGGAGGCUGCGGUAAGGGGUGUGGGAGGGGACGGGAGCAGCAGCAGCAGUGGUUUACAGCCUGCGUUAGCAGCAGUGGUUGGGAAGAGGCCGUGGCUCUCUCUUCGAAUAAAUGAUGCCUUCAACUGUCACGCUGCCGACCAGGCAAUUCGUCAUAAGCACCCCUAUCUGGCGUCGCAUGAGGAGCGGAUUGGUGCGUACAAGAAAGUUCGGCUCUUCCUGUGCAAAUCAAAGGAGGAGGCUGAGAGGGUGCAGAAGCGGCUACUGGAGCUGCGGCAGGCGGGAGCAGCAGCAGUGGUGCGCAGAGCAGUGGGGGUGAGGCGAGUGGUGGAUGCCUUGUCUCUGGCGUGCCAGGAUAAGCCGCUUGUGGCGCACUCCUGCUUCCUUGACCUCGCUCACAUUCUGCACAAGUUUGUGGGUCAUGUGCCGCCCUCCCCGUCGCUCUUCUCUCGCGAAGUCUGCCGGCUCUUCCCUGCUCUCUUUGACACCAGUUGCCUUGCUGCUGCCUCGCUUCUAGAACAGGUGUGUUUGCAGCAGGUUUGA